AUGUCGUCUUCCUCAACCCCCAAACCGACGUCAUCGCCGCAGACCUCGGGCGCCGCGCGCUUGCUGCAGCGGCAACUCAAGGAGAUGAAAACAGCGAAAGAUCUCCCCGGAAUCUCUGUUGGCCUUGUUAAGGAGAGCAACAUAUUCGAGUGGGAAGUUGUGCUCAUGAUUAAUGACGACUGUAAAUACUACGGCGGAGCAUACUUCCGCGCAUUAAUGACCUUCCCGCCCUCCUACCCCCUCAUGCCGCCGAAGCUCGUCUUCCAGACGCCGAUCCCGUUCCACCCCAACAUCUACGACAACGGCGAGCUGUGCAUCUCGAUCCUGCACCCGCCCGAGGACGAUAAGUACGGGUACGAGUCGGCUGCGGAACGCUGGUCCCCCGUCCAGACGCCCGAGACCAUCCUGCUGAGCGUCAUCAGCCUGUUCAGCGAGCCCAACGACGAGAGCCCCGCCAAUUUAGACGCGGCGAAGCUUCUGCGGGCUGAGCGCGAGGGAGGGCCCAAGGAGUUCCGGAAACGGGUGAGGAGGUGUGUGAGGGAGAGUUUGGGGGAGGACUAG